AUGAAGAAAGGAGAUAAGAUAAAAGAUGAGUCUGCCAACUUUAAGCAGAUUCAUGGUCCGGUUCUUCAAGGGCCCCCGCACGAGAUCGAAGCCGUCUCGAUAGGCGAAUCCAUUCGGCUAGUUUGCAUCGUGGACGCCAAUCCCACGGCCGCGGUCACCUGGUACCGGUACACGGGCAUCCGCCUGGUCAAUCAACACACCUUCAACCAACUCUCCGACAAUGCCUCCGGUUACGGCAUAUUUUCUCCCCUCAUUCUCACGCCUUCCUUCCUGCACAUUCGGAUAGAACAGGAGGACUCCCUGACGGGCGCCACAAGCUUCAUCAAAUUUGUGCAUCUCAAAGAGGCACAUUUUGGCGUCUACAACUGCACAGUCACCACUGACCUUGGCACGGACGUACGAACAAUUCAUCUUAUUCGAGCGGAUGAAAUACCCUACGCGUUCGCUAUUGGCGUUAGUGUGACCUCUGUGGUGGCUGUUACCUUUGCGGUCGCCAUUUUUCUUGUGUUGCGCAGGUCCUCACUGAGAUCUGGUAAAAGCUCUCGGAUUAUUACUGCCAACUCGGCUAACCAACCCCAAACAGGUUAG